AUGAAAGAGCCAGAAUCCACCCUCAAUAUGACAGAUCCAUCAGCCCAGCCACCGACUUCGCCUCAGUCGAUCUACAGCAAACAUAUCAUCUUAACGACAUAUCCUGGCCAGAGUGGGAUCGAGCCCGUGCCAUUAGAAUGGGGCGCUGAAGACUCCAAAUCUAGGGGUCCAAUCGUGGUCUCUCGUAAUGGGAAUCUAGUGAAACGCCGCAAUGCCAUCGGUGCACACGGUGGCAGUUACAGCAUAUACAACGCGCUCGCGAUUGCCGCUGGAGAUCUUGCUGCAGACUUCAAACCUGAUCUGCGAAAUAGUGAACCUGUUUUCAAUUUCCCUUGGCAAUCUUCUUGGGCCGAUAAGACCAAGAUUGUCUCUAUGGAUCCGUAUGGCCAUGAUAUCGUGAAUAAAUACAAGCAGGAGCUUGAGGCAGGCUGGGAUAUUCGUCCUACUAUGGCAAUCACAAGAGCCAAUAUGAAGCUGGCAGAGAUUGGAGAUGCCGUGCGUGACGGUUUAUUGGACGUUGAUGGUACUAUUGUAGUAGACUCAUCGGGUGAGGUGCGCGUGACAAAAGUCGCCGUUGAGCCGGUAUGGUAUUUGCCUGGCGUGGCAGAGAGAUUUGGAGUGGACGAGGGCACCUUGCGUCGAUCGCUAUUUGAGCACACUGGUGGUAGUUACCCCGAACUGAUUACCCGACCUGACCUCAAGGUGUUCCUGCCGCCAAUUGGAGGACUAACCGUCUAUAUCUUCGGACCACCUGAACGGGUUUCGGAUGAGAAUGUGAAGCUAGCUCUUCGAGUUCAUGACGAGUGUAAUGGAAGCGAUGUUUUCCAGUCGGAUAUCUGCACGUGUCGGCCAUAUCUAGCUUUCGGCAUUCGCGAGGCCAUUCGUGAAGCCCAAAAUGGCGGAAGCGGGGUGGUCAUCUACUUCCGUAAAGAAGGCCGCGCAUUGGGGGAGGUCAUUAAGUACUUGGUAUACAACGCCCGCAAACGAGGCGGAGAUACCGCAGACAAGUACUUCACUCGGACGGAAAAUAUUGCGGGGGUGCGAGAUAUGCGCUUCCAAGCCCUCAUGCCGGACAUUCUCCAUUGGCUCGGUAUCAAGAAGAUUGAUCGCAUGUUGUCCAUGUCUAACAUGAAACACGAUGCCAUUGUGGACAGUGGGAUUAAGAUCCUCGAGCGAAUCCCAAUCCCCGAGGACAUGAUCCCCGACGACUCCCGCGUCGAGAUUGAUGCAAAGAUCAAUGCCGGUUAUUUCACUACUGGAAAGCAGUUCACCAUGGAUGAGCUCGCACAAGUUCGUGGACGCGGCUGGGAGAAAUGGGAAGACAUCACUCAUUGA